AUGGUGCCUAAAAAGACCUUACCACGGGUGGCAAAAUCAUAUCCGAGCCCUGAAACGUCAAUUGACAACCUUUCGGAUGAUCAAACAAGAAGCGAAACAAACGCGUUCGAUCUCCCAGGUUUGCCCCCAAAAGCCGAAUGCAACGAGUUGGUCAAACAGUACUCCACAACCAUCCAUCCCUUGAUCCCAAUUGUCAACCUUGAGAGGUUUUUCGAGUGCUACUCCAAUCCCACCAGAAAUGAUCCCAUUUUCGUGCUCCAAUUUAUCACUGUAAUUUAUUCCUCCAUUGCAAUCACCAAAAUGCCAUCCGAACAGCUAAUACGUCUACUGGAGAAGCAGCUGGAACACGCUACUCCAAUUCAAAAAUGCGAGUCUCUUGUUGUGCUUUUGUUUGUCCAACCCAAAAACCCGUUUGGCUCUGUUUGUUCACUUGUGCGCCUUGCCUAUUCCCUCAACUUGCACAGAGACCCGAUACUGUUCCACAACAUCACCAACAAACAAUCGAUUCAGUACUACCGCGCUCUCUGGUGGUCGGUGUUACAGCUGGACUGUAUCUUUUCGCUUUCGAACGAUCUUCCCUCGACUGUUUUGCACGGCCAGUACGACACGCUGCGUCCGGACGAAUACAUCAGAGAAACACAAAAAGCAACAUUAGACCCGUACAUUGCUUUUGCAAACACAAUUUCACAGUGGUGCGCGUGCUCAAGUUCGCUCUGGAACAAAAAGUAUGCGUUACACCCCAUCUCAGAUCAGGACAUCAAAUCUUCCGAAAACGAAAUACAGGAUUUUGCCCUGUACUGCUCAUCAACAAUACAGAGUCUCACUAAUGACUCGCAAUUGCAAACUAUUCAGCUGCAGAUGAUGACUUCAGUGCUUAUGUCGCUUUCAGAUCGUCUCAAAUUGAUUUUGCUUCUUCUCCGCGAAAAGACCAGAUCGAUCGCAUUUUUACCACCUGACAAUAAUUUGAUCCAAUCCUUACUAACACCGAUUUCACCCAUGUUCAGUUGGUACACAUUCUUCCAGCCAUUUCAAAUCUCUGUUUCACUAUUCAGGUCUGUUCUAAGUCAAAUCAGACACGGGGUGGUGCCGAUCGAUACGGUUCUUCUUUUGCAACGGGCACUGCAAUGCACCCAACAGUCUCCACUGAAAAAAUUAUUCGAGGAAUUGUGGGGUGACGUCCUUGCUAACAAAAUCGGGGGUUGCCGGUUAAAGUCGACUGAUUGCAGCGGAUUUGCAAAGAAUCCGAUCGAAUUCAAUAAAGCCUACUUUGACUCACAGUUGAUCCGGAUUACUAAUAACUGUGGUGGAAUCUUUUAA